CGCUCGCGCAUCUUCAACGGAUUUUGUUGAUUUGUUCGCUUCGCUCGCUCUGCCUGCCUUCGUUUGUAGCUUCGUGUCUGGUAUUUGCUCUCAUCGUGCUUUUAUUAGCAUUUAUACAAGUGUCUCUGUUUUACGCACGCGAAAUAAACUAAUUUAGAAACUGUGGAACUUUCGUUCUUUUGGUGUAACUGUGUAAGUUGGAAGUUCUCCUGAAGUGUUGGUGAAUGUGAUGUGAUGCCGGUUCGCUAACCAAGAUGGCGGAAAGUGACACUGAAGAGAAAUUGAAGAAGCUAGAAGAUAAACUGAAAUUGAAAGAAGGCACUAUGAAGGAUGAAGUUGAGGAUCUAAAAAACGAAGUUCCGCUGCUGUUGUGGCUUCAGGGAGGGCCAGGAGCCUCAUCUUUGAUCGGUCUUUUUCUCGAGUUAGGGCCGCUGUCCGUUCGGAACGAGUCCGGAAUUUUCAAAGUGAGGAAAAACGAAUACACGUGGGGAAAAGAAUUCUCUCUUUUAUUCAUCGAUCAGCCAGUGGGCACUGGUUUCAGUUUCACGGAUAAUUCAGAUGGGUACGCUAAAAAUUUGACAAUGAGCUCUGAUCAGCUGUACGAUGCAUUGACUCAAUUCUUCGCUAUUCAUGGGGACUACGAGGAGAACCCGUUUUACAUCACUGGUGAAUCAUAUGCAGGAAAGUUCGUGCCAGCUCUUGCAUCCAAAAUACACCAAAUGAACGUUGAAGGAGGACCAAAAAUUAAUCUACAAGGUAUUGCAGUUGGGAACGGCUUCACGGAUCCGUCAUCAAUGCUUUACUACAGUAAAUACUUAUUCCAGCUGGGGCUAAUUGACAUAAAUGCAAGGACAACAAUGGAAAAAAUUGAGGAAUACACAAAAAGCCUUAUUGAAAGUAAACAGUACAUAUUAGCCUUUAGUGUGAGUUCACAUCUACCUAUUUAUAUAAAUAAAAUUAGGGCCGGACUGACGAGGUUUGCCGGGGUGAUACAGCAUCUCGGGCCCUAUAGGAAGAGGACAAAGUUGUAGAAAAAGCUAUAGACUAAAUUAUAGCAAAAGGAUCAGACAAAGCUAUAGAUUCCGUUUUAGACAAAGUUGGAGACAAACGAGGACCAAUUAUGAUCAUCAAAGUGAUAGACAAUGCUACAGA